GAAGGGGUGGGAGAAUGUGUCGUAACAGGAAGUCCCGCCCCGGGGAUGGAAGUGCCGCGCCAUGGCGGCACCUUGGUGGCGGGGUGUCCGCGGGCUGUUUUCCUUGCUGCGGUCCCAGCCUGUGUACCGGCCUUUGCAAAAUGAGGUCCCACGAGAUGUGCUGCUCUUCCAAAAUGAACGGGGUCGCUUCUUUGCCACCCUUGGACUAUUCUGCGCCGGCCAGGGCAUCUUCUGGACCUCUCUGGCUGUUACAGCCUUGUCCCGACCUCUUAUCCGAGGUCCUGCGGAGGCCCCCAACCAGGGCAACACCGACCUGCGCUCCGCACUCUGGCGCUACGGGCUAGCUGUUGGUUGCGGCACGAUGGGAACCUUGGUCCUGGGUGCUGGUCUUCUCUACUCUCUCCGAUCUGUGCGUUCAGUCAUGCUCCUUGCAGGAGGGCAGCAGGUGACACUCACCACUUAUGCCCCCUUUGGCUUGGGGACCCGUUUCACAGUUCCCUUGAACCAGGUUUCCUGCAUGGCCCAUAGAGGUGAAGUUCCUGCCAUGUUGCCUCUGAAAAUUAAAGGCCGACGCUUCUACUUCCUUUUGGACAAAACUGGACACUUCCCCAACACUCAACUUUUUGACAACACUGUGGGUGCCUAUCGGAGCCUGUGAAAAGUGGCUUACCCUUCUCAGAUGAGGAUGCAAACCCUUGAGAUGAGGAGACAACCAACCCAGGACAAUGAAAAGGCACCCAGGAUUCACUGCUAGCCAAUAAAUCUGUCUUCUAAAGGGCCUGAUAAA